AUGGAUUUCCAGGGGGAAGUGACAUCUGAACAAGCUAAAAAGCGGAAGGCACAGGAAGCAUUACAAGAAGCCCGGGUUAAGCUCUACCUUCGUAUUAGACCAGAGAACGCGCUGAAGAUUGAGUCGAGCUUGAGGCCGCAACCGUCUCCGAAUAGCAGCACUUCUUUUUCACAUACCCCAUCCAAAACUCCAUCAAGCCAGACCAGCGAGCUUGGUAGUGAAGCACAUGGAUCAGAAACGUCGCGAAGUUCAGUAGAGGUGUCCCCUCGCCGUCCCUCUCCAUCGUCCCGGGAAGAAUCGAGGCCACCUUUCGAAUCCACUAGGAACACAUGGGAGUUAUGGGAUAAUUCAGUCGACAAGUGGCCCUGGAAGCAACAUGAAGCACACUUCAGAUCGGGGAAGAAUGCUCUUCGGAUAGUCACAUCGCCAAUAGUAAAUUUCUGGCUAGAACAUGAUCUGCUCCGAAACAAAAAUGAUAUAGGCGGAUUGCUCGACAUGAUAGAUGUCUUAUGCCAGGCCAACUCCAUCGACAAUUGCACCGAGAUUGUUAUCAGACACUUGGCCUUUCAAAGAAAGUUCUUAGAAAUAGCCAAACUCGAGGAACAGAGACGCGAGCUAAACGGUCCCGACUAUAUCAACAGGCUGAACGUCGUCGCCAGUGAACUGUUUAACAAGACGGAAGGGUUUUUCCACAUGCUCAUUAAAACUGUGAAGCGUCACAAAAAGAUGGAAAAACGCAGAUAUGAAGAGCACAGGGAUUGGAACCAAAGUCGGGCACAGGAGGGUCGCGGCAAUUAUCCCGGUCUAUCCCGUGGUUUGCCAUCUCCACUCCGCUAUGAGCUCAACGUCGAUGAUUCCUGUCCAGACCAAUCUUCAUACAGUACCGAUGAGACGGUUAAUGGCCCUCUUGAGCCGGAGAACACUGAAGAACAGUCCGGGACAUGGGGCCCUAACAACCCCGACGACGUGGAAUGGUGA